AUGCCCGCCAUCGUCAACCUGCUGUUCAACACCAUCUCCACCAACACCACCAUCGCCUUCACCCUGGUGCUGCCCCUGGUCAGCGUGCUGUCCCUGCUGGUGGGCGUCGGGGGGCACAUGCUCCUGUGGCUGGUCCUGAUGAGGAACCCGCGGCGGCGCUCCAAGCCCAGCUCGGUGCUGCUGCUGAACCUGAGCCUGGCCGACCUGGGCGCCCUGCUCACGCUGCCCUGCGUCAUCCUCAGCGCCAGCUCCCAGGACUGGCAGCUAGGGGGCACCACCUGCGUGCUGCUGGGGUUCAUGACCUCGCUGACGGCCGGCGUGGACAUCUUCAGCCUGGCGGCGCUGUCGGUGCUGCGGCAUCGCAUCGUGGCGCUGCCCACGCGGGCGCCCACCACUCCCACGCACGUGGCGGUGACCAUCACGCUCAUCUGGCUGGUGUCCGUCGCCAUGGCGCUGCCGAAGGUCACCUACAUCGAGUUCAGCGGCGGGUGCACGUGGUCGGUGGAGCGCGCCCAGUGGCUGGGCUUCCUGGUGCCGGCCUUCCUGGUGUACUACGUGGCGCCGCUGCUCUGCAUCGCCGUCAACUGUAGCUCCAUCGUGCUACGACUGCACCGCUGCACGGGCGGCCGGCCCUCCGCCGACCGCCGCAACAAGAAGGCCACCGCGCUGCUGGUGGCGUCCACGCUGGCCUUCGCCGUCAGCUGGCUGCCCUACUAUGCCCUGGAGUUUGUCAACGUGACGUCGCCGCACGUCUGCUCGGCCGCCUCGCCCAUAGACCCCUUCGGCCCCUCGCAGUGCGGUCCCUCCAACGUCACGUCAUCGUCGCCUUCGUGGCCGCCGCUGCCGUCGUCGUCGUGGCCGCAGUCGUCGACCUCGCCGAUUCCGGAGCAGGAAGCGGAGACGACGGUGUCCCUGCUGUGGGAGGUGGGGUCCCUGACGGCCAUUCUGUUGGUGUGCCUGGCGCCGUGCUGGAACCCGCCGCUCUACUUCCUGUUGUCUCGGCCGGCGGUGCGCGAGCUUCAAGGCCUGAUGCCGGCGUGGCUACGCGAGCGCCUCGAGGGCGACGGGAAGGCGUCGAGGAGGUGGCGUGUGGCGCCCGCUAGCCCGCCAGUGCUACAACCGGCACUGCGGCCGCCGCAGUCGCCGCCACCACAAACCCGGCCCCCGGCUCCGCGGACGCCAUUGGCUCAUAGGUUGAUCCAAUAAAAUGACCUCACACACACAAAAAACGUACAUUGAAUUAUGAAACCAAUUAAUUUAAUACACGGUUACAACAUACGAUGAUGGUAUUGUCUGUUAUAAUAAUAUAUAAUAUACAGUUAUACUUUAAUUCAGGGGUGUCAAACGUACGGCCCGCGGGCCGGAUCAGGCCCGCGAACGGGUUUAAUCCGGCCCGCGAGAUGAUUUUGUGAAGUACAGUAUUGUAAAAAAAAAAAAAAAUUUUUUUUUUUUAUAAAAAUCCUUCCUAGCAUUACAUGAAUUGCAUUGACUGGCACUGACUAAUUUGUUGUACAUUGAACUACUGGACAAUUGUGUGUAACUGGAAGUCGCUUUGGAAUGUAACGUAAAAUGAUCUGCUAUUUUUCAAUGAAAGAAACUGCUGUUCUUAAUGUGUCCACUAGAAAUCGCAAUAGCAAUUAUGUUAAGCAAGCAAACUUUAUACCGGGGCUGAGCAGGGAGCAAGUAUAAACAGGUAGUGCAGCUAGCCCGGAGCUACCUUGUCGCUCUGCCUUAUGCUACGGCCACACCAACCGCGUUGCUCGCAGUGGAUACCGCGAGUACCGCGCCUAACCUGACGCUUGAUCGGUGUGUGGUGGUUCAACGCUUCCACCGCGUCACCGCGCCACCGCAGCUAGAUGAGUCCAUGUCCAUGCAAGUGAACGGAGCGUUCCCUCUUCGUCAUAACUAUCAAACCAAACAUCCUUCACAUUCACUGAGCAAAAAUUAUGAAAUUAAAAUGCACAUUUCUCGCUAAAAAUGUUUCCAUAAACGCAUUUAAUGGCGUAACUAUAACUAUUUCCACCCAGAAUAAAGAAAGAUGUCGGCCGUGGCUGCGCUGGAGUCCGAGGUAGGAAACCCAAACGCCGCGUUUGGGUGCAUGAUAGAGUUUAG